CGCGACUUCAACGAGCUGGUCGAAAGCCGCAGGUAACUUUUGGGCCUCCCACCUACACAACCUCGACCCUCGAAAUUGGCACGCAUUGUCAAAUCCGCAGUCGCUUAACGAAAACAAAUCAGCUGCCCAUUGACUUAAGCCCCAUUCGCCAAAAUGCCACCAUUCAAAGACGACCACAUCCUCAUUAUUGCGCCUGGUUCACAAACAACCCUCGCGCAACUGGGCCUACCAGAAUCAUUUACACCUGCCUCGCAUAGAUUCAGGACUCGGGUAUUCCUUGCGCCAGAUGGAAAGAGUUACGAGCCACAUAAAAUCCAGUCUAGAAAGAAGGAGCCGGUGAUCCAUGGAGAUGUUGCGAUGGGAGGAGCUGGUGAGGGAGAAGAGGAGGAAGAAUUGGUGGAGCUGCCAGAGGACGAAGAGGGUGCUAUUUGGCCACUGAAAGAGGGUCGGAUUGAUGAUAUGCCUGCCUUCUUCGCCCUCCUGGAACACAUCCGAGCUACUUUUAAUGCCCCUCUGCACACGCCAGUCAUGUUGAUUGCGCAACCCUGUUGGACGGCGAAGAACCACGAGGAUCUCACCCAAUUCAUUUUCGAGAAGUUCAAAACCCCAGCGUUGUGUAUUAUGGACAGCGCAUUGGCAACUUCAUACGCAUUUGGAAUCCCAGCCGCAACAGUCAUCGAUGUAGGCUUCGAAAAAGUGGAUGUUACUGCUAUUACCGACUUUCAGAUCUCGGGGAGAAGCACAGUUCAUGAAUCUGGAGGGGAGGCAAUGACACGGAGGCUGAUGGAGUUGUUGAAGUCAAAAGAUUUCACCAGAGAUAUGGCGGAGCAGUUGAAGAAGAGCAUGAUUUGCGAGAUUCUCUCCCCUGGAACGCCAUUACCUGGGACGGAGGCGGCGGAUGUCCCCGUUGAAGGUGACAGCAAUCCAGCAGCUGCAGCGACCACUGGUGCAUCUUCAUCUGGUCCAGACGUGAGGAUCACUGACCCACCUCGAGUUCCUCUUUUGGAGGAGGCGGAUGAGGAAUAUGGACUUGAUGACAAGCCUAUCGAAGAUGACGGAGUAUUAGACAUUGCGACUAUCGUUACGAGUGGGAAAACACAAGAUUUCUUAGCGAAGAAAGAAAAGGAGAAAGCAGAAAGGGCAGCUGCCCGUAAAGCAGACCGUGAAGCAGCAAAAGAAGCGGCUGCUGCAGCUGCUGCGAGACCCUUGCGAUUACCUAAUUCCAAGCGUCCGCGGGCUACCUUCCACUACGAGGAGGUUGUUCGGGAUGCGCCAAACGCGAAGAGGCAAAAGACGCCUGAAGCAGCAGCUGCUGUUGAAGAGCCAGUGUCUGCUGUCGACCCCAAGCCAGAUGACGUGAAUCCACCUGUGGAUGGUGCACCAGCUUCAGUUGAGGAUGAGGCAACUCGACGAGAAAAUACCAAAGCUAUUCGCAAAGAGGAGAAGCGAAAAGCUCUAGAGGACAAGGAUCCCAGCAUUCUUCGGAGGGACAUUGAGAUUGGGACCGAGCGUUUCCAAGCUGCAAGCGAGGGCUUCCUUGACGCUAUCGCGGAUGCAGUCUACAGAACGGUCCUUUCAGUCAACGAAAUUGCAAAAAGACAAGAAGCAUGGGAUGCGUUAGUCAUUUGUGGCCAAGGAUCGAAAGUUCGGGGAUUCAAGGAUGCCCUGAUCACGACUCUCAACAAUCGAUAUCUGGUAUCUCCCAGUUCCGCAACAAUGUUUAUGAGCGAACUUCCUUCAAAUCUCGCAACUCCAAGCGGCACAGGAUCCAUGACUCCUACGGCAUCAUUCGCUGGAACCCCACAUGCUCCUCCCACAGCAAGUGCCGUCAAUCCUCUUCUUCUCGCUGCCACUACAGCCUCCCACCAGGCUCUCAAUCCCAACCUCUCCUCCGCGUCCUUUGGUGGUCAGCAAACCCACUCCUCGCACUCGCAAUCACCAACCAGUAUCAAGGUCGCUGGCCCUCCUACAUAUUUCCCGGAGUGGAAGUCGUUCGACGAGGCGGUGUUCCUUGGUGCUCAGGUUGCUGCUAAGGUCAUCUUUGUAGUGGAUCAAGGGGCGUCCAAGGGCUUUCUUUCUAGAGUCGAGUUUAACGAGGAAGGACCUACUGCAAUUCAUCAAGUUGGAUUGCUAUACUAAGGAUCUAAUUGGGCGGCGUUUGCUUGGUCUGGAUGUAGGAUAGGGUUAUCGCUAGACAGGUGUUACAGGAUUAAAGAAGUAUACCCUUCUUAAAAAGUUAAUAUCCUUUCUACUAGCUUUUGCAUGACUUGGGGAAAUGAGAGAUUGUACAUUGGCAGUGGCUGCUGAUGUACAAUGACAGAUUUCAUGACAAGCGAGACGUCUGCUGCAUUUUGUAAUGUCGCGGGUAUGUAUUUUGUUUCUUUGUUGACUUUUUCUUACCAUGUGAUCUGCUUGGA